AUGCUAAACACAUUAGACGAGAAUGAAUCGUCAGAGCCAACAGUGUACUUCAAGAAGUUUACCAUUGGUGUGUUUGGCGAUUCUGGAGUUGGAAAAAGUUCAAUUGUUCGACGGCUUCUCGUUAGCGAUGACUACAAUGCCGAGCAUGAACCAACUGUAGAGGAAUUCUACGUGAAACAAAUGACUCACAGGAACAAAGCUUACGAGCUUCACAUCAUUGAUACAUCGGGUACGUACGAGUUCCCAGCCAUGCGAAGGAUAGCGAUUGAAAAAGCUGAUGCUAUUGUAUUGGUGUAUUCUCUAGACAAACCUUACUCUUUUACGAAGCUGGAAAGAUACAUGGAGGAAAUUACGAGGUGUUGUGAGGACAGAAACCGGAAAAUACCUGUCAUCAUUGUGUCGAACAAAUCAGACCUGCCGAACCUCUCUGAACCAACUUUUCAUAAUUCGUACGGGCUUAAAAUUAGUGCCUGCGUUUAUCUAGAGGGAAGGUGGAAAUGUUUGUGGCUGGCUACCUCGGCUAAGUUUAAUCUCAAUGUGGACACGAUAUUUCAUAAACUCUUGGAUAAGUUGAGCCCCGAGAAGUCUCUACCGAGGAAGAAAGCCAGUUUUAUGAAGCAGAUAUUGCGCUAA